ACCUCCCUAUGAUCUGUAAUUUAUGCUUGUGUUUUGUGUUUCCUCUGUUUUUGCUUUGUUCUGCUCUGUUUCUCAGAGAGAGAGAGAGAGAGAGAGAGAUCUUUUAAUGUAAACCUUGUGAGUAAUAAAUGUCAUGCUUGUCAAUAAAUUAUUCUGUGGAUGUUUUAAUCUCUUCUUUCUUAUUGCUUCUUUACAUUGUAAGGGAAAAAAUAUAGCGGGAAGAGAACAGCCGUUUCUGGAAAUGAAACAUGAUGCAUUGGAUAGAGAUUGAACUUAAUUAAUCCCGUUUACAAUCAUCAGAAUCUCAUUCUCCGUGUUUUUUUGGCUGGCACCAUUGUCCCGUUUACAACCAUCAGAAUAUGUGUCUGCAUGCAUUCUGUCUUUUUUAUAGCUAUAUUGGGGGAGAGGGGAAUCGACCCUGUUUUUUGAUCCCAAACUCUUGGUCGUGAGCGGAGCGACGACAGCUGCCUCCUCCACCUGACUGAGUUUGUAGUGAACUGUGGGGCGCACCGUCUCAGACCGGUGGGGAGCCCACAGCUAGUCGCCACGGAAGUCCAAACUGCAGAGCUCACAGGUCCUCUUCGUUAGUUGAAGAAAGAUCAGGGGGCGACCGUACGUGUCGGGACCAGAAUGUCUGAAAGGCAGAAAGUAAAUAUGUUGCCGAAACGACAGCGUUUUGAUGUUCUUAACCCCCCGCCACGCAACGUGUUGUUGAAGUCGCGCCCUAAAACACAAAACACGGUCGGCGGGUGAAAUUACCGAAUUGGACCGUCACAAUUCUAAACGAAAAUCCCAAACCCAAGUUCUGGAGCUUCAUCGUUCACAGUAGCCAAACACCUCUAAAAUGCGAAAAUUGAGCUUGCUUGGUCUGCUUCGGAGGCGUUUGGUGUCGUCGUUGGCUGCAGAGUCGACUGUUGAUCAAGUUGAUUGGCCACGGAGGCUUUCGUCAUUGAGCGAGGCAUUGUAUCGAACACAUGGUUCGCCCUCUUGUGGUUCUGUAGCUGGUUUCGCUACCUCAUUGGGAAAUCGUUAUUUCCAUGCCUCAGGGUUUUGCUGCGCACCUGAAAGAGACUACUAUGAAACUCUCGGUGUUUCGAAACGCGCAAGCCGAGAUGAGAUUAAAAAGGCUUUUCGUGUGCUUGCCAAGAAGUACCAUCCAGAUGCAAAUAAGGACAAUCCUUCUUCUAAGAGAAAAUUUCAAGAAAUAAAAGAUGCCUAUGAGACUUUGCAAGAUCCUGAAAAGAGGGCACAAUAUGACAAGAAGCGCUCAAGCGGGUCAGAAAACGUAGGGUAUGCUGCUGGGGAUGCAGAGGGGUUCAGAUAUGAUAAUCAAACUCAUGGUGCUGCUGGUGCAGAAGGGUUUAGAUAUGGUUUUCAAACUCAUUUUUCCAGUUCAUUCCAUAAAAUAUUCUCCGAGAUCUUUGAACAUGAGUUCGAUCAAGUUGCAGCUGAUAUUGAGGUGGAGCUGUCACUCUCUUUCUUUGAAGCUGCUAAAGGAUGCAUAAAGCAUCUCUCUGUCAAUGCACAUGUUCCCUGUGAUUCUUGCUAUGGGCGUGGCUCUCCACUAAAUGCCAAGACCAAAGUUUGUCCUACUUGCAGAGGUAUUGGGAGAGUUACAGUUCCUCCAUUCACAUCAACAUGCGGUACUUGUAAAGGGGCGGGCAAAAUAAUCAAGGAAUCUUGCAUCUCAUGUGGAGGGUUAGGGGUUGUUGAAGGCACUAGAGAGGUUAAAGUUUCGAUACCAGCAGGUGUGGAUUCUGGAGAUACAAUCCGUAUUCCGGAGGCUGGGAAUAGUGGGGUACGAGGAGGUCAACCAGGCUGUUUUUACAUUAAACUAAAGGUUGCUGAAGAUCCUAUCUUUGCUAGAGAUGGUGCAGAUGUUUAUGUGAACUCUAAUAUUAGCUUUACGCAAGCUAUUCUUGGUGGUAAGGUUGAGGUACCAACUUUGUCUGGGAAGAUAGAAGUAAAAAUACCAAAGGGGGUUCAGCCUGGACAACAUAUUGUACUAAGAGGCAAAGGACUGCCAAAACAUGGUUUUCUAGUUAGCCAUGGAGAUCAAUAUGUGCGCUUCCGAGUUAUAUUUCCCACUGAAAUAAAUGAACGCCAACAUGCUAUAUUAGAAGAGUUUGCAAGGGAGGAAAUUAUGCAUGGAACCAGCACUUCCAAUAAAAGAGAUUGGUUUCAGCGAAUGCUUGAACAUGUUUCAGAGCCUUGGUUUAUGCUUGAACUCUCGGUAUUCAUAUUGCUCCUUUUGUUGCUGAACAAAUCCAUGGGCUGAAUGCUGGCUCCUGGCAAUUUUGAUCAAGAUACAUAGACCAAUUGUCAGUGAUAUAGAGACUGCUGCCUUUUCCAUUUGUCGCAGUUCUGUUAAUUAAAGGAUGAAAGUCGAUACAGGUUAAUUAGAGUCAUUGAGGCUUUACAGGAAGGAAAAUAUUGUACAUUGCAAAAUCUUUUGGUAAUUUUACAAUUCAAAUUAUAUGCCAUAUUUUAAAUGUUUGACGUCCAAAAACAUAUCUUGCACUUUUUAUUUGGGACUAAUAUAUGAGACCUUGUGGAAAAUAACUUGUUGAACGAGAUGGGUACACUGUGUGCACUAUGGCAACGUGCACAUGUGAUGCACGUGCUCAUUUUAAUGCUUAA